CGGUGCCCGCCGCGGAGGCGGUGGGGGGGAUCGGUAGGGCCGGUGCGCGCUGCGCAGGGCACAGCACAGUGAUGUAGGGGACAUGCCCUGACGGGACGGCGAACGGACGGGUGCCGCCUACGAGGGGGAGCAGCGCCAGCGGAGCCGCCCGCGGGAGGUUCGGCAGCAGCCGGCGAGGCCCCCGGGCUCCGCCGCGAUGGCUGGGCCCGGGCUCUGGAGGAGCAUCAAGUCCCUGCUGCGGAGGAGCGAGGACCCCUUGUUCCUGAACGACUCCAGUGCCUUUGACUUCUCGGACGAGGCGGGGGACGAGGACUUCCCUCGCUUUAACAAGCUGCGGGUGGUGGUGUCGGACGAUACCUCGGAGGCGGCACCGGAGACGCCGGUGGCCGGGGCGCCCCUCGGCCUGCCCUCGGACGACGAGUCCCUGCUGGAGCGGGCCGGAGCCCGCCCCGGCCGGCCGGCCCCCUGCGGCGGCUGCAGCAGCCGGCGAGAGCGCUCCAGGCAGAGGACGGUGAAGAAGCGGUUGACGCUCGCUGCCCUCCUCUACCUCCUCUUUAUGACCGGGGAGCUCGUAGGUGGAUAUGUUGCUAACAGUCUAGCAAUUAUGACAGAUGCACUUCAUAUGUUAACUGACCUUAGCGGUAUUAUUUUGACCCUGCUUGCUCUCUGGCUGUCUGCAAAAUCUCCCACAAAGAGGUUCACUUUUGGAUUUCAUCGCUUAGAAGUAUUGUCUGCCAUCAUUAGUGUACUGCUGGUCUAUAUCCUUAUGGCAUUCCUCUUGUAUGAAGCUGUUCAAAGAACUAUCCAUAUGGACUAUGAAAUAAAUGGUGAUAUCAUGCUGAUUACAGCAGCCGUUGGUGUUGCAGUUAACUUAAUAAUGGGUUUUUUGCUGAAUCAAUCUGGCCACCUUCACUCCCACUCCCAUUCCCACCCGCACUCUCAUGUACCUCAGUCGAACUCUCCUAACACAGCUCACAGCAGCAGCCACGGGCACAGCAGCCUUGCGGUGAGAGCAGCGUUUGUACAUGCCCUUGGGGACCUGGUACAAAGUAUUGGUGUGCUCGUGGCUGCAUACAUCAUACGCUUUAAGCCAGAAUACAAGAUUGCUGAUCCUAUAUGUACAUAUGUAUUCUCCAUACUGGUGGUUUUGACAACAGUUCGAAUUCUGUGUGACACAGGAGUUAUUAUUCUGGAAGGGGUUCCAAGGCAUUUAAAUGUGGAUCGCAUUAAGGAAGACUUGAUGAAAAUUGAAGAUGUUUAUUCUAUAGAAGACUUAAAUGUUUGGUCUCUUACUGCAGGAAAAACAACUGCCAUAGUCCACUUGCAACUAGUUCCUGGUAGUUCAUCUAAAUGGGAGGAAGUUCAAUCCAAGGCUCGACAACUGCUGCUGAACACAUUCGGAAUGUACAAGUGCUCUGUGCAGCUUCAGAGUUACAAACAGGAAAUGAGCAAAACCUGCACAAGUUGUCAGAAUUCCAGUGCCUGAUCUCGUAUGUUUUGGGAACUGCUGCCUUAUUCUUUAUUUUGUAGUCAAAGACUGAGAGCAAUAAAUGCAAAAUGAAAAUGAUCAAACAGAAACCAUUAAUAUGUGGAUUUGUACCAUGUAACAUGCAGCAGGGAGAACUGGUGCUGCAAAAAGUGCAGUGGUUGCCCUACAGAACAUGUGUAUCACUCUCUCCCUUGUACUGGUUUAUUCAAGUUAUGAUGAUUUGGAGACAAAGCUGUUUUCAGAUUGUUUACAAACUGCAACAUGGCUCUGCAGAUACCUCACAAAUUACAGUCCCAUAUUGUCCUUGAAUAACGAUGUACCACAAAGUACCUGCACUCCAAAUGGAGCAUCAAGUAUUCAGUAUUUCAGUUCAAGUCUCUUAUGCUGAUCAUGCCAGAAUUUCAUAAUAUGUCAUGAUCACUGAAAUCAUUAUACAGUAUUUUUGCAAUAAUAAUUUUCAUAAAGUAUCUUAAGACUAUAAUGCAUACAGUGCUAGUUUUGGAAACCCUGUCUUUGGAGACACUGCAAAAUACAGCAUUUACUGUACCCAGACCAGAAAGUUAGCUUUAUUCUGGGCAUUCAGAGAUCUAGACAGAAAGAUCCUUGCCUAGGGUUCUGGUAUUUAACUAGAGACCCAGCACUGAACCCAAAGUGUUUUAGGUGAUCUGUUAUCUUUAAUGUAUUUUAGAAUAGGGUUUAUACAUUAGAAACAGGUUAUUUAUUUAAAAAGUUUUGACUUGUAAGAUGAGUUUAUUGUUAAUGAUCUUGAAUGUCUAAACCAACAUUUGAUAGACAUUAAAAGGCCAGUUGAUUAGCAUGCCUUAUAUUAUAAUUAAUAAAUGUCCUGUAAUUGAUUAUUUUUCCAAGAUUGUUUUGAAUGAAAAGUCAAAUGACAGGAACUAUGCUUGACAUGGAGAUACUCUCAAACACAACCAACAGACAUGCAAAAUACAUCUAACAGGAAAGUGGGAGCAGAAGUUUUAGGUAUGUACUAUUCCCUCAGUCACAGCUAUCUCUGACCUUUUCAGCUUUGGUUUGAUCACACUAUGGCAGUAUCCUGAUAAGAAUGCCGCUGCAAUAGCGGUCCCCAGUACCUGGCUUUAUUCAUAAAGCAAAAUCCAAGCAAGUUCAGUAACAUAAUGGUGUUGGACAAAAAUAUCGUAACACCCAACAGAGGUAGAAAGGCCUUUUCUUAUUUACAGAAGGAUGAGGCAAUUUGAAGACUAUUUUAUUCGUCUGGACACCUCAAAAUCCACAAAACUGAAUUUCUGCACCUUUUGGUGGAAGCCCUGUACUCUGAAUGUACACCGAAUAACCAAACCUGACACCAUGCUAUUGUACGCCUUAAAAUGCAGAUGUGCGCCUGCUUCUGAAGUCAUUUAUGUUGGAAGAAGCUAAGGGCAACAAGAGUAUGACCUGCAAAGUUCAGAAGAUGGGAGUAACUUGGCUCAGAGAGUUUUUGCUUAUUCUGUACUUUGGUCUUUAUACAGAACUUCCACUGACAUCAAAAGUAGUUCUCUGUGUGGAUCAGAAAGGAAAAUUUUUGCCCAGUAAUGGAUAUUGUGACAUUUAACUGUAAAUACUUAAGCUAUUGUCUGUUCUGAAACUUGCUAGGGUUUCACAUACUUAUCAGGCUGAUCUAUACCUGCAGUUUGGGGUCACAGUCUUGGCUUCCUGUCUCUCCUUAUGCGAGGUAGGGGUCACAUGAUGACCUUUCAUUGGUGAAAACUGACAGCACAGUAUUAAUUUGGACAAAGUGCAUGUAACACUGGAUUAUGUUUGUAUCUGUUCUGGCAAGAAACGAGAACAUUUGAGUACAGCAUGGGAGCACACAGCUCAGAGGCCAAGUAGCACUGUACUUGGAAAGUUAAUGCUUCAGUACAAACACAAUCAUUAAUUAAGCCAUAUCAUAGUUCAUGAAGAAUGUGCAUCCCAUCCUUACAAUCUUACUGGAAAAAAAAAUACCACAGACAAACAACAGGUAUUUUGCACAUACUAAUACUCAAAUAGGUUUUAAUUAAAUUGGGGUUUACAGUUGAUGUAAUUAGAAGUGGAAGUACAGUAGACAUGUAUUGUAUUUGGAGUUUUUUAAUAAUUUACUACAUGUUUAAUUAUAUAAAAAAGUGUUGCUUUAUUGUGGGUUUUAUUAAAUCAAUUAUUAAACUUCACAUUGUUGUCUUAUUUA